GCCGCCUUGACUCGAGGUGCCGCGCGCUCCGAUCCCGCGGCUCGGCGCCGCAGUCGGACGGGCGCCGACGCGUUAUCUGCUCGCCGGGCACUCAUGAGCAAGGGUUCCCGAUCCUAAGCCCAGAUGGAUCGAAGUGGUAUCCAGAGGACCCAGGAGACAUUCGGACAAGUCGUGGCACAUCUAGCGCGAGUCGCGGGAUGUCGCGGGACCGCAGCAGCCGUUGAGCCCUUGGCGAGCCAUGGCGGGGUCAGCGAGGGCCGAGUUGGGCGCGGCGCUGGCGCUGCCCUCGUCCAGCGGCGCGUGCCCGCAGGCCCUUGUCCCAGACGAGGUGCAGCGCCACAGCGGGCUUGGCCAGAGCUAUCCGCUGGUUGCCGAGGGCGAGGAGGAAGCGCUGGCGCUGCCCUCCUCCAGCGACGCGAGCCCGCAGCCGCUGGUCCUGGACGAGGUGGAGCGCCACAACAAGCUGGGCCGGCGCUGCUCGCUGGUUGCCGGAACGUUGGCGGCCGCGCGGGAGUGCGCGCGGAGGUCGUGUUCCAGGCCUGCGAGGGCCGCGUGUCCGAGGACGAGCUGGCACGGCUCGCCAGGCUUCUGCCCGUCGGCGGGGCGCUCACGCGGGGUCAGUUCGACUACACGCUGCGCUGUGUGGUGGGCCACCGGGAGCCGCUGCCCAGCCGCGCGGGCUCAGCGGUGUUCCAGGCGGUGGGGCUUCUUGCAGUCGAGCGCCGUCCCCGGCAGGGGUUGGGCGCGGGCGUCGUGGACGCCGUGGGCGCGCCGCCGCCGCCGCCGCCCGGGCCCUGGCCGCGCCCGGCCGUGCCACUGGAGGGCUCCGCUGCGCACGCGCUCGAGAGCCUCGCCGCGAAAGCGGAGCGCCAUCGCCUCUUCGCAGACUGGCUGCUGUGCGAGUUCGGCGGCGCCGAGGGGCUGACUAGAGGCGAUCGGGGCCAGGAGGGCGGCUUCGUGCUGGAGGUGGCGGGAGGCCGCGGCAGGCUGGCGGAAGAGCUGUCGGCGAGGGGCGUCCCUGUGACCGUCGUGGACCCCAGGUGUGGCCCUGGGGAGGGUGCCCGGACGCACGCGGUCCCCGUGCACUUCGUCCGAGCAGCGUUCGAUGGCGACUGCGCGGUGCGCUUGGCCGAGGGGGCCUCCGCGGUCGUGGCGAUGCACCCCGACGAGGCCACCGAGGCGUCCAUCGACGCCGCCCUGGCCGCCGCGCUGCCCUUCGCGGUGGUGCCGUGCUGCGUGUUCCCGCGGCUUUUCCCCGCGAGGCGGCUCCGCGGCGGGCAGGGUGUCAGUGGCUACGCGGGCCUGCUGCGCUACCUGCGGGAGAAGGAGCCGCGGAUUCGUGCGGCGCGCCUGCAGUUCGAGGUCGGCACCACGCAUCCGAGGCCGGAAUUUAUACAUGAUCACCGCCUGGAGGAUCAGUUUUCGAGGGUGGAUAUGAAUAUAUUCGGGCCUGGGGGGCCAAAGUAUAUCCAUAUCCGCCGCCCGCUGGGGCACCAGGACGUCGGUUCCCAGGCGGUGGAUAUGGAUAAAUCUCCGCCUUUCAACCCAAGCAUGCUUCUAGGCCUCUUAGAUGGGGUCCGAGUAGAUGGGUCUGGGGGAUCGCGCCGCAUCGCUGGUGCAUCGCCGAUGCGGCUCGAUGUGGAGACCGUGUUUCCCCACGCCGGCGCCGCCGAUGCCCCGCCGAUGCAGCGCCGAUGCAUUGGCGAUGCGGCGCGAUCCUUCGACCCCAUCGUCUCGGACCCCAUCUAGGAGGCCUCUAAUUCUUGUGCCUUGCAGCCUUGGUUCCGGCGAGCAGGAGGGGCGGGGGUCGAGGUUCGAGGUGCGAGAGGGUUUCUGCCUGUCUCGGCCCCUAGGGGGGCAGUUCUCGGGGCCCGGG